AUGUUCAAAGGUACAUCAAUUGAACAAGACCCUCACUUCUCUGACAAACGUGAAAAAUUGAAGAAAUCGAUGACAUUUCCAGAAAACUUCUAUCAGAAAGUAGAUUUUAAUAAAGUCAAUAUUGAAGUAAUGAGAGCCUGGAUUACAUCGAAAAUAAUUGAUAUAUUAGAAGUAGAUGAUGAUAUUCUUGUUAACACAAUCGUAGGGUUUAUUGAAGAAAAUGGAAAUGAAACAGAUCCUCGUGAUUUAGAAAUUGAUUUGGAGGCAUUUCUUGGAGAUAAAACAAAUGAGUUUGUAGAAGAAUUAUGGGGUUUGUGCCAGAUGGGAGAGAAAAGUAAAGACGGUAUUCCAGAAUGCCUAAAGAAAGCAGCUGAAGAACGUGAGGCAAGAAAAAGAAGAGACAAAGAAAAAGGGGGAUACCAACCAAAGUACCGUAGGACAGAAAGGAGUGAGAGUCGAGAAAGAAAUAAAAAGAAGUAA